UUUUUACUUUCCUAGAUCACACAUUAUUUUUUGAAAUGCUUUCGAGAGUGCUUGAGGUAUUUUUUCUGCCUGCAGCAGAUCCUGUCGCAGCGAAACUUCCAUUUCUGGAUUCUGCAUGGCCCACUACAAUUCUACUUUUUAGCUAUCUUGCCUUUGUCUUAAAAUGGGGCAAAAUAUUUAUGGAGGACCGGAGACCGUUUAAUUUAACAAAAAUAUUAAUUUGGUAUAAUAUAUUCCAAGUUAUUUAUAAUUUUUUAAUGUUUUCUGCUGGAAUCUAUGUCUUCUUCAUUAAACCAAUAUACGACUUAAAAUGCAUGCCAACUAUUGCUCUGGAUCAUCCCAAUAAGAAUACUGAAAGAGUAUUAGGCUAUAUUUAUUUCAUCAAUAAGAUAAUAGAUCUUUUGGAUACCAUCUUCUUUGUACUUCGAAAGAGUUACAAGCAGAUUACAGUACUGCACGUCUUCCACCAUGUAUUGAUGGUCUUUGUCAUAUAUUGGGUGGUUAGAUUCUACGGAGUCGGAGGACAAUUUAUGGUCAUGGGACUCCUAAAUACAUUUGUGCACACCGUGAUGUACUUUUAUUACAUGGUUUCUGCGAAGUACUCUGGCCUGAAAGGAAGUAUUUGGUGGAAGAAGUACAUAACCCUGAUUCAAAUAAUUCAAUUUAUUAUUGUAUUGUCACAGUCUGUUUAUAUAUAUUUCUUUAAUUCGCAAUGUAAAUUCCCAACGAGUUUACAGUUCUUGAUUUCGUCAUGUGCUUCUUUAUUCAUUGUAAUGUUCACGAGUUUUUAUAUUAAGACGUAUACCACGUCUCGUCCACAAAAACAGCAUUAG